UGCCCAUUUUCACCAGCGGAUCCUAAACAAACACUUUACUAAGGAUUUCUUAGCAUUAAGGACAUCUUAAACCAUUCCCUUUCUUAAAUCCUGUUUCACAACCCCAGGGGGUACCUAAUUAAGAGUCUCCUAGUUAAGUGACAAAUAGUGCGAAGCCAACACGGAAGUGAUUGUCGAUAACAUAUUUACAAUUAAUAUUUUCGAAAAAUACGACAGUAAUAAAAUAAAUUACUUAUGAUAUUGUAUAGAACAUGAAUUAACAGUACGUUUUGAAUCUUAAAUUAGCAAAAAUAAAUUAAAAUAAAGUUUAACUAGUAUGUACUGACGAUCGCUUGUGCCUAAAAAAGUUAAUGUAGUUUGAUUGACAUUUGGUUUGACAGAAGUCGUGCCGCGCAUCGUCGUCGCUCGUCGAUUCGUUUAAACGUAGAUUGUAUUGUUUGGUUCGUUGGCUUUGUUUAUCAAUAGAAUAGUUUCUUUUUAUAAAAUCAACACGUGCGUAGCGUGGUGAUUUUGUUCAUCAUUACGGACUACAACCGACUGCAAGUUACACCAAUUUGUAAUACCAGUGUUAAAUCGACGAUGGCUGAAAAAAGGAAACGCGGCCAAAACUUUUCUCUCGAAGAGAAGGAUAAACUUGUAAAAUUGUUACUUCUCCACAAAGAUACAAUCUUAAAUAAAAAAACCGAUGGAGCUACAAAUGAAGCAAAGUGUGAAGCUUGGACAGCGGUUACAAAUUCAUUCAACUCGUCGUCUAAUAUAUACAGGAGUAAAGAAUCACUCAUGAAAGUAUGGGACAAAUUGAAGAGUGAGAGUAAAUUGUAUUUUGGUCAAUUGAAAAGAAAUACAACACAAACUGGAGGAGGGCCAUCCAUCAUAAAAUUUGACCCCGUGCUGGAACAAGUGUGUUCCAUUCUUGGUCGUGGCUGCACUGGCAUCAUUGGUGUAUCUGAUUGUGAUGCUGACACUGGUCCUGAAGUAUUUGAGACACCAAAGGUCAUAUGCAUUCAAGAUGACAGUAAUAUAUGGAAGACAAUUGAGGACGUGGAUUUAGAAAUAAAAAUGGACAACUGUCAGAAUUCCACUGAUACUCCAAAAGAAAUUUUGACUGAAGAAAGUGAAGCGCCAAAAGAUUUCCACGAGUCCCAGCUUAAAAAAACCCCAUUGUGGUCACGGAGACGGCCACAUAUAUCAAAUUAUAAUGAGCGGACUGAAGCUUCGACUUCAGUUUCUUCAAGUAUAAGAGAUGUAUACAAAAAAAAAGAAAAUAUUGAGGAUUUAAAAGAAAAAUUGUUCAGGGAGGAGUUAGAUUUUAAAAAAAAGUUAUACUCCUUACAAUUGCAAGCAGCAGCCAAAGAUCUUGAAAUAAAAAAUGCAAUGUUAGAACAAAUUCAAGGUGGUGGUUUCUCUUUAAAUAAUUUAUAUGGAGGUCAAAAGAAGAAUUAAAUUUAUUUUAGAAUAUAUUGUAUGCCUAUUAGAAUAAAAUUUUGUAUUGCAUUAGCAAAUGUACUUUUAUUUUUACCUUUAAA